AUGCAGUCUGUGCUCGCCGAUGUAUCCUUCGCUACCAAUCCCUCGUCGCCCGUAAAGGACGGUGUCCUUUCGGCAACAAUGUGCAAAGAAGCCCUGUGUUUGUUGACUCCAUUCAAAGCUGCUUCCAACAUCUAUGAAACAGACCAGCAAGUCUGGAGAUUGGUAUUUUUGUCCAAAGUCAGUCCACCAUCCAAUCCUCCUCUGGAAGUGAUUCAGAAAUACGUGGAUGACUGGGCUCCGGAAUACCUGUUCUCCGACUCGUCUCGCCUCUCCAAAGUGUAUUGGUCCUCCCGUUUCAGACACCGUUCUGCCUGCGCCAAGACGUUUUUUGUAAAAUUGUCCCCUCAUGGGAGGGUGUUUCUCGUCGGUGAUGCAGCGCAUAUUCACUCUCCCGCUGGCGGUCAGGGUAUGAACCUCGGUUUGAGAGAUGCCAUCAGCCUCGGUAUCCUGGUCGCUGCACGCAUUGGCGACGACGAGUUCGAUGGACUGUUGGAGGACCACGCUAAGCAAAGGCGAGCAAAGGCGAUGACCACGAUUGGAAUGACACACAACAUAAUCAGAAUCGCGUUUAGCUUGACGACGAAUAUGAUGUUUCUUUGGGCGUUUAAGCUAUUGACGUACCUUCCGUUUGUACAGCGAAUGGCGGUGUGGCGACUGAGCGGAUUGGGAACUAAUUGA